UAGCAGCGAAGCCAUGGAGCACUCGUUCGUAUGAUCCGGUGACGACUUGAAUAGAGAUAGACUCGGACUUGGGCUCGGACUUGGGCUCUUUCUUUGCGACGGCGGGCUUGGUGGAGAAUUUGGCGGCCUUUGUGGUUUGAGAUUUCUUGACGGGCUUGUUUGCCUUGGGCGAUUCGGCGAAUCUGGCAUUCUUUCCGUUGACAGCACGAGCGCCCAGCUGCGCAUCCUCGCUCUUUCUUUUGACCAUUGCGAUAGUCUUGUUGCGUGUUGGGGUGGUAAUGGAUGUUUUUCUGUUUGCAAAAAAGACUAAAGUUCCGAGCUGGCGGCUCUUCAGCGCUCGGGAUCGUCGUGUCGCUUGGCGUCGUCGUCUUUGAGUCGCGCACCCAUCGAGGAUCACGCAUCUAACUCGCAUAUCCAUCGUCAAUUUCCAUCGAAACAUUCUCACACCCGUCUUCAUCCAUUGAAUGACUGGUGCUGUGAAUGCUCGGCUCCGUAACACAUGUCCCUAGCACACUUGCGACAUGGACCGCUUACUGAACGCAACAAUGCUAGAGCGGCAUCCUUGACGAAGCGUGCUGCCCGUCUUCGCGCUUUGAACCAAAUUACCCAAUCCAUCACCCAGCAUUGUGGCCUUCCGCCAGCUCUAAACCUCGACUAUGACUCUCUUCCAUCUCCACCACACACUCCAUCCGAGGAUGCCCUUCUCGGCGCUGCCGAUCUGGAUAAAGGGCUACACUUCCAGGAUGCAUUAUUACCUUUCUCUCUGGACGCUGUAGAGCAAAACCCCGCGAUCAAGGCUCUGGCUGUGCCGAAUGCGUCUUCUGUGACUGGCCCAGAAGUCACUGCUGGGGAUUUUGACGCAUCGGUCCCGACUACUGACUCAGAUAACAUCGAAAGGUCACCAAAGGAUGCCGGUCUCGACGCUGAUAGCUCUCGCCGUCCAUCGUAUGACUCUGCGUCGCUUAAUCUCCCUGGCCGUGAGAAUCGUGGAUCUCGUGCUCGCACUGCCCAUCUACCACCCAAAGAAGUUCAGGAAGAACGAUUCCGCGAAAAGCAACUACGUCAAGAGGCCCGCCGGAGGGACGUUGCUGAUGCCGAAAGAUCUCAAGUCGAAGCCACGUCAUCGCCAACUUCUGCUGUCGACGCUGCCUCCAUGGCAACCCCUCAACCCCUCGGACCAUCACCUUUGACCAGCAACGAUGAAGAGACCGUGCCCAAGCCUCCCAGUCUACAGCCAUCAGCCGAGGAAGUGCUCGCAAAGGAGCGCCAUGAUAAGCUGUUACAGUCGCAGAAGGAAAUCGCUUACCGUGAGGCCUUGGGCCAUGAGGACGACUCUCCUGAUGUCCAACUGCGUCUGGAGCAAGAACAAGCCGCCAAAGCGACCAGAGAUGCCAUCUCGAGCGAGGGCUCGGCAGCGACAAUCGACGGCGGCAAUGCGCCUACGACGACAGAAGACUCGCGCGCUGCGGGCUCUGCUCACUCUCACUCCGCAUCACCUUCGGAUUCCGCUUCGGACGCGACUCACAAGAAGCGAGGUCCACGGCCCUCACUGGUCGACAGUAUGCCACCCAGAGAUCCUGCGCUCGCCACUGCCGUCGUUGAAACAUCUGUCUCGACACGCAAACAGUCGUCCUCGUUGGAGGCAAACGAAGCGGCAAGACCAUCGCUUUUUGGCACAGGGCGCGCUCGCACGACAGGCGACGUUCUCAAGGUCAAGACGGAACAGCCUGUGCUGAGACGGCCGCUGCGAUCCACCAAGGACCAACCGCUUUCUCCCGUGUCGGUACGAUGCUCAGAGCUUAUGAAGAACGAGGGCUACAACGCUUUGAAGGGUGCGUCUGCUGAGCUCACCAAAGAUUAUCUGGAACCUCUUUAUCGCAUACAAGUCCACGAACCUCCAAAUGGAAAGCCGCUGCACGAGCUUCUGCAGAAAGCGAGCAAAGUCAUUACAACCACGGAACAGUUCGCUGGAUACCAUGAGCGACAGGACCAGCGCAUUCUCAGAAGGAUUUAUCAACUACAGAAUGCAAAUCGCUGGUCUCUCAGGCAGAUGCAGCCUUGCGCUGAACCAGCCGCUCCCAAGACACACAUGGACCACCUUAUGGCCGAGAUGAAAUGGAUGAGGACCGACUUCCGGCAAGAGCGCAAGAUGAAGAGAGCCACAGCAAAGUUCUUUGCUGAGCAGUGUGCGGAGUGGCGCAACGGUACCGAAGAGACCCAGCUGUCGAUGCAGGUUAACGCCAAACCACCCGUCGACUGGAAGUUGGUCGAAGCAGCUCCGCAGUCUCCUGCUGAAUCUCACCUCGACAACGCCGACCAACAGAGCUCAGGUUCAAAGUCGCCUCCUGGACUGGAUAACGACGCCGAGUCAAGCGUCGAGGACUUCGACAUGCCAAAGACUCCGCAGUAUGCGACAGUUGUCCCAUCUUCUUUCUUCCCGGCCAUCAACAUGGACAAGGACACCUUCCACUUGCAAGACAAUGAAUCCUUCCAUAGUGCUCUUGCUGAACUCCCGCUGCUGACUCCAUUCGAGGAGGACGAGACUCCUGCCCAUUCUACCUUCAAGCAUCCCACACCGGCUGUAUCAAAGUUUUGUUCAGCCAAAAUGAUGAUUGACGUCAGCGGCCCACCGAGGAAAAGAAGCCGCUAUGAAUACUGCGAAGAUGAUGAUUCUGCCGACGAGGACUCAAUGCCUUUUGCAAAGAGGCCUCGCGCAAGCCAAGACGAUUCUGGACUUCGACCAGAGCAAACAGACGUUGCACUAUUCGAGCCCGAGAACAAGCUUUUGCGGAGUAGGUUGCACCAGAACACGGCUUUCCGACCCCCCUCCGAAUUCCAGAUGCCAUCCUCACAGUUCUACGAAUUCAGAACAGCAUCGCAGUGGACUGAAGAAGAUCAGCAAGCUCUGCGUCGCCUUGCCAAAGAGUACUCGUUCAAUUGGUCGCUCAUUGCAGAUGACUUGUCGCUAUCAUCCAGGUUUACCAGCGCAUCUGACAGACGCACACCAUGGGAGUGCUUCGAGCGAUGGGUAGAAUUGGAGAGUCUGCCCAAUGAGAUGCGCAAAACACUCUAUUUCAAGACCUGGAAUCAACGACUCGAAGGUGCGAAUCGUAAUAACGAAGCCAAGUAUCAACAACAGGUGGCACAACUUGCACAAACUCCCGGACAGCCGCCAGCCAUCAUGCGAAAGAAGACAACGCCUUUCAAGGUUGACAAGCGUAGGCAAAAUCGUUACCUGCAUAUGGUGGACGCCAUGCGUAAACUUGCUAGGAAAAGGGAACAACAGGCACACAAGCAGGCCGAAGCCCAAAAAGCCGCCCACAUGCGAAAGCAGCACGAGAAUGCAGCGCCGAAGAACGGCAUACCCACGCCUCAAGAAUUUAGUAGAAUGCGACAGGAGAGGGAUGUGCAGGCACAUGCACGAGCAGAACGUUAUAGGGAACAAAUGCUCGGACAGCAACGCCAGGCUCAGAUGCAGCAGCGCAAUGGUCAAUUACCAAAUCAGCCACAAGCUCAUCCAAAUGCAGGUGCUCUCAAUCGCGCUGGCCCCAAUGUUGCUCAUGCGCAAGGUGGUCAGGCACAACCCGGCGGACCUCAACAGAUGAACCAUCAAGGUAUGCCGAAUAGUCAACACCCCAACGCUGCUGCUCAAGGUGCAUCUCAUUUCAACACGCCUCAAAUGGGUGGACGUGGUGGUAUACCGCAAGCUCAGAUGCAGCCGAACAUGCGUCCUAUCGCCAAUGGCCAAGCGCAUGGAACUCCAGAUAACAUGCAGCAAAGAGUGCUCGAAGCUCAAAGGGCUUCUCAAAUGAAGGCCAAUAGUCAACAAUACCAGAUGGCUCCACCGAAUCGCGCAAGUCCUGGAGGCUUACAUGCCCCCAAUGGGAUGAUGGCAAGUCAACCUGGCAUGAAUGGAAUGCAAAAUGUUCGAACUCCUGGUGGGCAAGUUCAGAACUAUCCGUCAAACCAAAAUGGAAACUCUGCUGCCUCACCGCACAUGCCACCACCACCAACCCCGACAGGUCAAGCAAAUCACCCUCCACAGCUUUCCAGUGGUCUCACUCCGGCAAUCACGACCAUCCAAAAUCAGGUUCAAGCACAACAUCCUAAUGCUUCCGCGGAAGACGUUCAGAAGAUUGUGACCGAACGCUUGAGGCAGUAUCACCUUCAGCAGGGACAGCAGCAGCAGUCCCAUCAGCAAGCUCGUCAAAGCGCCCUCAGCGCCGCUGCUGGACCUCAUGCGGUCAACGCAGUGUCAAACGGAACACCGACCUAUACACAGAAUCAAGCAGCCUUCCAGCAAAACAACGGAAAUGGUCAGCACGCUGCUUUCAAUGGUAACGGCAACAAUGUGCCAGGCAAUGCAGCCGGCGCACAACAGUACGCCGCAAACAUGCGUCAGCGGGCCAUAGCUCAACAGAACCAGAUCCAGCAUCCAAACCAAGGUGUUCCUGGGCAAAACAAUGCCAGCCCGCGUCCACCUCAAGCCAGCCCAGUACCUGGAAUGACAGCGCCGAGUCCAAACAUGGCACCUGCUCAACCACAACAAGUCUACCCUCACAACGCCGUGGCUCGCACACCCACUCCACAGAUGGCGAGGAUGGGUAGUGGUCAAGGUCUUGCCGCUUCAGGGACGCCGCAGUCAGGUCCUCAACAGCAACAGACUCCUUCCGCCAUGCAGAGGCAGAGUCCUGUCAUACAACAAGCUAGUCCAAGACCGGUGUCUGCUGGUGUCGCGAGGCAGUAGUAUGACUCGUAUGGCUCCGUCUUGAUUUUGACGAACACUUGGUGAAGCUUCUCAAGUAAUUCGGGGAGUGGGCCAGCAUACAUUGGCUGCGCUUAAAAUGUAUGAUGAUGACGAGACCGGCAACGAACAACUCGCGCGCGUGUCCAUUGAUUUAUUGUUUUUCACGUCAUCGUUUCGUGUCUUCUCUUCAGGUGUACAAAAUAUUCUAGAGAAAAUCACACUCAAAUCCUCGAGUGGCC